UUAUUACAAGUAAUAAAUAUUUCAAGGCAACAAUGGCGUCUCUGAAAGAAAUUGUGAUCAUGUAUCAAAGUUUAAAGCGAGAAUGGGACAAGAAACCAGCAAAUCUAGAUAGAUGUGGCGAAUUAUUAUCAAAAUUAAAAAUUGCCUUGACUCAAGUGUCAUUUUUGCCAACAGAUGAGUCUGCUCCUUCAAAACAAGAACUGCUUGUUGCUAGAGAUAUUCUGGAAGUUGGUGCUCAGUGGGCAAUAGCUAAGAAAGACAUACCAGCAUUUGAACGAUACAUGGCUCAACUUAAAUGCUACUACAUGGAUUAUAAAGAAAAUCUACCGGAGUCAACUUACAAGUACCAACUUCUGGGAUUGAAUCUCCUCUGUCUCCUAUCACAGAACAGAGUGGCAGAAUUCCACACGGAGUUGGAGUUGCUGCCAGUGAAGGAACUUCAGAACAACAUCUACAUCAAACACCCAGUCUCUAUGGAGCAGUACCUCAUGGAAGGAAGUUACAACAAGGUGUUUCUUGCGAAAGGAAAUGUGCCUGCAGAAAACUACAAUUUCUUCAUCAACAUUCUCCUUGACACAAUCAGGAAUGAGAUAGCAGGUUGUAUAGAGAAGGCGUAUGAGAAGAUAGCACUGAAUGAGACUGCUAGAAUGCUGUUCUUUGAGUCUGUGAAACAGAUGAAAGAAUAUGCACAACAGCGUAAAUGGGAGCUAAAAACAGACGGGUUUUUCUAUUUUGUUCAAGAAGAAAAUGAAACGGAUGAUGUGAUACCAGCUAAGGAGUUAGCAGAACAGACUAUAAUGUACGCACGAGAACUUGAAAUGAUUGUGUAGUGCCAGUGUCCAAAGUUUGCGUAUCAUUUCUCAUUGUUACUGUAUGAGCCUUGUUGUAGGAAAACUGGGCUAAAUGCAUGUGAGUAAAGUGUUGUCCCAGAUUAGCCAGUGCAGUCUGCACAGGCUAUCAGUGACAACACGUCGCUUUUAUGGAUUUUUUGUUAAAAAGGAAGUCUCUUCUUAAGGAAAAUCCAGUUGAGGCAGAAAGUUUCCCCCUGAUUAGCUUGUGUGGACUGCAGAGGCUAAUAUGGGAUGACACUUUACACUCAUGUAAUAACUUAUUUUAAGCCCAGUGUUCCACGAAUGAGGCCCAUAGAUUUAAUGUUUGAUGGUAAAGAUGUUUAUAUUAAAUGGUGCAUAUUUCGACGUGAAUAUAGCAAGUCAUGAAACAGAACAUGUUAUAUUCUGAUGUAACUAUAUAUACUUAUUUGACAAAUAACUUUGGGGGAAUGACAUGGUGCAAGAUGGUUAGUUGUUGGGACUUAUUGUAAAAUUAUAUCUUGUCCCUGUACUUAAAAAAAUUUGUUGUUGUGACUGCCUCACCAUGUAGUAAUUGAAAAUCUUUGUUCAAGUUGAACAUGUGCAUAAAGUCUUUAUAAAAUUUACAUGGAA